GUAAACCGACCAACGCGUGGACUACCGUGCGGUAGUAGCCAUAGUCGCUCGGAACCGUCAACAACACGAGGAUCCACAAGUGAGAAAAAAAAAGAUUAUGAUGAUGUGCUUAUCGACCGUGUACCGUUUGAUCUUCCUGCUGGCUGGAGUCACCGCGGCCGGCGUCGGCGAGGCCUGGCAAAUUACGCCGCAUGUGAAAUCCGUUUACAACGAUCAGUUGCGUCCUCGACUGGAUUCUUCGGCGUUCGAAGUUCGCACCGUGAGCGGAGUAGGUCGCUGGACUCCGUUCAACGAAUCGGAGAACGUUCGGAAGCAAGCGGAGAUCGCCGUAUCGAGUUCGGUGGAGUCGAAUGAUCCCGCGGACGUCGAAGAAACCGUUCGAGAGAACAAAAGCCUCGAGUACUUACGAAAAUUCUUAGACUCUUCUUCUUACAGCGAUGACGAAGUCGAAACGGUCCCUCUUCAAAAGAUAUUCAAGAAGACACUCAUGAUGAGAAUUCUUCACGCGAAUGACGCGAACGAAGACAACGACGAGAACGAGGUACGGAGAGGCACCGUACAGCGUACUCGCAGACAAGCGAACAACGAGACGAGCAUGGAGAAGAUAUCGACGGCGAAGAACGUCCGCGAGGUUCGCGUGGACUCGCCCGAGACAUGGUCGACCUCGGUCCAACCGAUCUCGGUUGAGUUUCGUCAGCAUAUCCCAUUGGAUCAGAUAAUACGGCAGCAACAGGAGGAAGAAGAGGCAGCUUCUCUGUCCGGUAGCUACCGCAGACAUCAGGCACCGCGAGCGGAUUUUAUCACGGGUCAGCAUCAUCGCCGAAGCUAUCCCGAAUAUCGCGAAUCCCGGGACAUGGUCAAGACCUACGACGACUACGACUACAUGUCGCCCUGGUACAGAAAUGCGAUUCGCGAGAGGGACUACGAGUACCCCUCGUAUCGUCGGGACUACGGUUACCAGUAUCCAGAUCGGUACAGAACGGAAAGGAACUAUUACAUGCGACUACCGAGCGAUUCGUAUUACUACGAUCGUUACGAUCGUUACCGGGACGACGACUUUGAUUUUUACGCGAGGAAUCGGCUCGCACCGAAACCUAGAAGAAUCAUCUAUUACGCCACGUUACCGGAAGUCGUGAGGAAACCGGUGGAUCUGAGAAAUCCCCGACCGCCAUAUGACGCGGGUAGGACGCCGGUCACGCGGGAAGGCACGUACAACAAACGAGUGCCCGGCAACGUUGAUCCCGGCAGAUAUCGUUACCAGUACGGCGGUUACGAUCCUUACGCGAAGAGAUCGAGUUAUUACGAUCGUCCGUACGUGCAUCCCGAGGACGACACGCGACGAGUUCGCGUGCCGACGAAGGAGAACUUUGUGAGAAACGACGAAUUCGGCGCGACCAACAACGAACGAAAAGUGAGCAAUCUCAUCACGAUCAGAGACGACGACAAUAAACUGCCCUGGCCGGUGCAGGUCGGCGCCGAGGUCAACAUCAAGGAGGACGAGAGGAUUCCCGGUCGAAAGAUCUACGGCGAACAAGCCAACAGCGGCUACGAGAGAUUCCAGAGCGCGCAGCUGCAGAAAGCGCCGGACGCCACGGGAUCCAGCGAACUGCAGAGUGAUAAUUAACAUUCGAUCGCCAUUUGCGUCUUUGGGUUUUCAAUGAUAAGAAAAUUCUAAUAAUUAUGUAAUACUAUAAUAAAGAAAAAACGAGAAAUAUGUAAAUCUAUUUCGAGGAAUUUCGCGUAACUGCUAAGAAAAGAGUUUUAAAAUAUUUAAAAAAUCACGAAGAAAAACUCGAACUUUUUGUAAAUUUAGAUAGUAAGUAUCUUCAGUCGCAGGGUCUGUGAAUCUUUGGAAAAGGAAGGUGGUAGGUCGAUGGGUAAUGGUUUUCUAUUCCUGCACACGCGUGUAACUACAUUACGUAUAUUUAUGUACAUUUUAAGUUUUAUAUUGACAAAGUAUAAUUAUACAUAUAUAUAUCUCUCUGCGAUAAUCAAAUUAAAUAAUUUAACUACUUGCCACACCAAACUCAGUUUCGAUUCUUCAAUUGAGAUAAAUUAAUUUUCACAAAAUGUAGAAUUUGCGUCAGUAAUGACUGAGCUCGUGUUAAUAUAUAUAGCGGAAAAAUAUAAAACUAUUAUAUUUUAUACUGUCAACAAUAAAGUUCUUCCAAUGGU